CAACUCUGUACAUUUUCACAAGGUUUUCGAUAUUUCAUCCUGAAAAAGCAACAAAUUUGCAUAUCUAUUGACAUCUGAUUUUGUUGCGGGGAGAAUACUACCUGAUUGAUUAUAUAUCGAAUAUGUUGCCACCUGAGAUAGAUGUGUGAUCACUCUUCGUAAUCAUGGCUACACUUGAGAAACUUGUGAAGGCCUUUGAGGCCUUGAAGGUUUUCCAACCUGGUCACCAGGCUGAUGACACUACUAAGAAAAAGGAUCAGCCGGUGGGUAAGAAGGAGAAAGCAAGCAAUUGUAACAUUGUGGCUGAUUGCAUCUGCGCAGCGAAUCUACGUCUUCUUGCUGAUUUCCCAAAGUUCCUUGGGAUUGCCAUGGAAACCUUUCUCAUGUUGUGUGAUGAUCCUGAAUCCGAUGUCAGGAUGGUCGCUGAUGAGUGUUUGAAUAGGACGAUCAAGACCUUGUUGGAAACCAACCUUGGACGCCUUCAGGUUGAGCUUUACAAAGAAAUCAAGAAGAAUGGCCCCUCAAGGAGUCUACGUGCUGCAUUGUGGAGAUUUGCCGAUAUGUGUCAUCUGAUUAGGCCGCAGAAAUGCCGCCCUUAUGUCGUGAACCUUUUGCCAUGUGUUGCCAGGAUCUGCCGACGGAAUGAGGAACCUGUUCAGGAAACGCUUGCUACGUGCAUGCAGAAAGUGUGCCCGGUCCUCAUGAGCUUCACCAAUGACUCCGAGGUCAAAGUACUGUUGAAGUCUUUCUUGCCAAACUUGAAAUCUGGGUCAGCAGCCACACGGCGUACAGCCGCAAGUUCCCUGACACUUAUCUGCCAGUACACGCGCAAACCCAUGUACUUCUUCUCUUGGUUACUGAGUGUAUUGUUAGAUAUGUUGAUUCCUAUCCAAGAAGACAGAGUCACCCAGGCGUUAUUGGGAGUGUUCUUGUCGCUACGUCACAUGAUACCAUACCUGGUGACCGGGGAGCACAGCGAUGAGAGUCUGAAGGGGAGCUUUGGGGUCAUGACAAAGGAACAGGAGGUCAAGGUGAACAUUGAACAACUCAUACAGAUCUACGAGCUCACCCUCUACUAUAGCAAUCAUACGGAUCAUAACGUGGUGACUGCUGCCCUUGAGACGUUACAGCAGCUGCUGAAGACACCUCCGCCACCACUUCUGAGGGUCCUCCUGCUCCCUGGAGGCAUCAACAGGACAACCAUCUACCAAGACGACAUGCUAAUGCCCAGGUCAAGGUUAGGCAGUUCUGGACGGUUGCCCUCGGUAGGAGAUGAAUCUGGAUUAGAUGAUGAAGCCGACCAAAGAUCUGAAGAGAGUACUACUGGGUCGGCAUCUACCAAUGAUGAACCCCCACAAUUACCUGACGACACUAUCGACAUGACUGACCCAUUCGAUGAGGACUCACCGGAAAAUUCAGGGAAUAACCCCUCUGAUCUGACGGCCCAGGAUAUACCAGAUAUCCGCAUGCCAAUGUCCGAGUCGGUUUAUUCUGAUAUUCAGAUUGGUGAGGUAACGGAUGAGUCACGGCUGUCGCACAGUAGCAGUGCAGAUACGAUCACUGAUAAGAGCAACACGAGUCCGCUUCAUCUCCCCAAGUUGAGGACCGGGGUCAGCCAGGAUCUACUGAAUGGAAACUCAGAAAUGGAGAACCUUGAUGCAGACACAUCUGAAUCAAGCCAGGUUCCUUCACCAACGCAGCUGCCUUUAAAAGAUGCCGCCAUCGGAACUUUCACCAGCGACACGGAUAAGCCAAUGGUGUAUUGCAUUCGACUUCUUAGUAGCCGCUUCCUGCUGACCGGGUUCAAGUUUGGUAUGACGCCAGACAGGGUGGUACGAGUUAGUGCCAAGGCGCUGGCGUUGGGGUGUAUCGCGUCUGCUGUCCAACUUUAUCCACAAGUCUUCUUUUUGCCGUUGUAUAGGGAGGAGGCAUCAGACGAUCCCCAGGAGAUAUCAGACAUCUUACUCUACACAAACCACAGUGAUCCGCAACUGAAGGGCACUGCUGGCUUGUUGCUAGGCAACCUCAUCUCAUCUAGUCUUAUCGAGGCCAAAGGAAACUAUGACAACUGGGUGGAAAGUUUAGGAAUAACCACAAAAAAUGGUAUUCAGAAAAUGGAGUAUCUAGUGAACCAGUUAAUGUCUGUGAUAGAGGACGAUUCGUCCGUGGCGACUCGGCUGGCAAUCAUUGCCCUUCAGUCGUGCCUGCGGAGGCUUCUCCAUAGCUGCCACUGUGAUUUAGGUCUCAAGAUGAUCCUGGCGCUCUUCAAGUUAAAGGAGAAUCCUUACUGGCUUGUCAAGGUUGAGUUGCUUGAUGUGUUAUCGGAUCUUGAUUUCAAGGUGAUCCACUACUUAGAAGAGCAAUGUGUCCAACUUAGGAAAGGAGAUAAACACUAUGCUGGGUUAUUGCAUGUCCAGGACUGCGUCCUAGAAGAUGUGAUUAUCCGUUUACUGGGUGAUGAAGAUGCACGAGUUCGCCACGCUGCUGCCCUCGCCUUGAAAAAAUUUAUUCCUAACCUAUUCUAUGCAGUGCAUAACCCACAGCAUGAUCCAAUUAUCGCGAUAGCCAAAGCCCAUACAGAUCAGUUCCUUGAGCCGAUACUGAUGGAGUGGUCCCAGGCACCACAGCCCCUGGUCCAUGGCUUGGUACAGCCAUACCACUUCAACCCCUACGACGGAUACAACGCCACCACUGAGUAUAGCUUAUCCAAGGUAGUUGGCAUGUUGAUUGCUCGCUUGAUGCAGUCUGCGGCAAAGUAUGAAACGUUUGGCCUGUGCCAUGUCCUGAGCUUGUUAUCUGACGAGUACAUCACAACACAAUACAGUGAAGCAUGGAGUUGUAAUAAGACAAGUCUGGCGUCCAGUCCUCCGAGUACACUUACCAGAGACCGGUCCCUCUCGGCAGCCCGUAAACCAUCAAGGGCGUUCCAAAGUAGCCUAACAUCAAGCACCUCAAGCUUGAUUACUGGUCUGAUGUCCAUAAGUCUGGAGGAUGCUGGCUUUGCGGGGAAUGGUCUCCUACCAAUGGCUAUCUCCUUUCUCAUGUCGUCCCCUGUCUCCUUGGAUAUGACUGCUCACCAGGACGCCUUGAAUCUAGCUGGGAACCUAUUUGCUGGUGUGUGUUUGAAGUGUCUCCGAUCACCUGAAGAAGUUCCAGCCAAGUCACCACCAGAUACGGAUACUCAGUGGCCUAGUCUUGGUGACAGGACACUUGUACCUCUCGCAGAUAAGCUACUGCUUCAUUUAGCAAGAUUAUUAAACAUCUGUUCACAUGUGAUCGAUGAGCAACAUCCUGGUCCCCAGCCAAGCAAGACAUCGCUCCCAUCGCUUCCGAAUGCUCCGUCUCUCAGCCCCAUCAAGAUAAAGACGAAGGGCAAGGAGGCAGAUGGUGCCGGGAGCCAAACAAGUCAAGGAACAGAGAUGAAACAACCUGGGCGACCAGUCAGAAAAGAGAAAGAGAAAGACACGGAAGAGAAGAAGCAUAAGAAGGAUGGCCUUGGUGCAUUCCAUAAUCAGCCACACUACAUGAAGCUCUAUGAUGUACUUAAGGGGGCUUACUCCAAUUACAAGAUUUCCCUCGACCUGAGCACCACAGACAAAUUUGGUUCCCUCCUCAAGGUCAUCUUGGAGGUUCUCUCCCAAGUGCUGGAGAUUGCUACCUUGAGUGAAAUUGGCAAACAUAUCGAUGAACUUCUCGGAUUCCUGAAAGUGACUGUGACAUUGGAGCCGACCUCGUCUGUGCUUUGUGUACAGCAGCUGCUUAAGUCGCUGUUUGGAACCAAUCUCUCUGCCCAGUGGGAGGCGAACCAGAGUGUGACGCUGACCCGCAAGGCGAGCAAGAACAUGCGUCUGACCGCCAACAUGAAGCCCGGCCUCUACCACAGCUGUUUCACCACUCCGUAUACACAGUUCACACAGUCAUUGGUGUCGUCGGUUUUCAAGGUGGCAUCCCCGGAUCCUGACGACACUACAACACUCCUGGGUUGGCUGAAGAAGAGAGCUGAGAAGAAGACACCAGCAAUUCUUAAACCUGGCAGCAAAACAGACAAGAUGUCCAUAGCGUCAUACAUCCGUCUCUUCGAGCCUUUGGUUAUCAAAGCCCUGAAGCAGUAUACGAUCACGAGUUCCCUAGAUCUCCAGCGGCAGGUCCUCAACCUGCUAGCCCAGUUAGUUCAGCUCAGGGUCAACUACUGCCUGCUGGACUCAGACCAGAUCUUCAUAGGAUUCGUAAUCAAGCAGUUUGAAUACAUCGAAGAAGGACAAAUCAGGAACUCAGAGACGCUAAUCCCCCACAUUUUCCACUUCCUCGUUCUGCUGUCGUACGAGCGCUACCAUUCCAAGUCGAUUAUAGGCAUGCCCAAGAUCAUACAGCUCUGUGACGGAAUCAUGGCAAGCGGACAACAACCAACAACACAUGCCAUUCCAGCCCUUCAGCCGAUUGUUCAUGAUCUGUUUGUCCUGAGGAACAACAAGUCAGAAUCAGGCAAAGAUCUCGACACUCAGAGGGAGGUGGUGGUCUCGAUGUUGCUCAGACUCAUACAGUACUAUCAGGUUCUUGAGAUGUUCAUCAUCGUGCUGCACCAGUGCCACCGCGAGAGUGAGGAGAAAUGGAAGAGGUUGUCCCGACAAGUCAUUGAUAUGGUGCUCCCAAUGCUGGCCAACCUGCAGAUCAAUUUGGAUGACCAGGUUGCCCUGGACGUGCUGCACCGUCUCUUUGAAGCUGUGGCCCCAAGUGUUUUCCGGCCGGUUGAUGUCAUACUCAAGACCUUACUGGCUCCUCUCCCAGAGUUGAGUUCCCUCGGGCGUCUGCAGCGCUGGAUGUGCAUCACCUGCUCCAUCGUGCGAGUCCUCAUCUCCCAGUCAAAGGAGGAAGUGGUCCUCUCCCGGCUACAGGAACUGGGCCUAUUCGUAAACAUCCAUUCCAAGACUCUCGACAGCCACAUGGGAAGGGUGUCGGAGGCCCCUCCUGUUGCCGAAAAGGGUCCUGAACACAUUCCGCCGGAGGAGGUCUUCUCGCGGUUCCUGUUGCAGUUAGUUGGGAUGCUCGCCGCAGAGAUUAAGCAUUGGUGUUCGUCGCUGGCCAAUGGGAACCGAGGAUGCCGAUUCCUGGCUCAGCAGACGGCACAUCUGCUCCUCUACAUCACACACAUGUUCCAGUCAGGUCAGUUCCGGCGUGUCGCCACAGCGACCAUGAGUCUGAUUCGCCAGCAGGCAGACGAGGCAUUCUAUCCGAUCGAAUCAAUCAACGAAUCCUUUCACGGUUUGUCCGACACGUAUCCGACACUGAUGCUGCAGUGGUGUAACAUCCUCAUCCAGUUGAACUAUGACAACCAGAAGUGGUGGAGCAAGGUCAUGCAGACACCGCAGAAAUACUUGAUGGCGAGUCCAAAUCGACAAAACUCGGGAAGUUUUGAAAGCAAGACGUGUAGUGUUCGCAGCUGCAAUCGUGAAGUUGUGAGGCGGGGCGGUCUCAUGUUGUUCUGUGAUUAUGUGUGUGAGAAUCUGACAGAUGCGGAGCACAUGAUUUGGGUGAUCAUCAACCACGUGAGUGAGUUGAUAGAGCAAUCGUAUGAGCCUCCCGUACAAGACUUCAUCAGUGCAAUACACCGCAAUUCCUCAGCCAGUGGGCUGUUUAUCCAGGCCAUACACUCAAGAUGUGAAAACUUAUCAAAGCCGUCAGUUGUCAAGAAGACCCUUCACUGCCUUGAAGCGAUCCACUUGAGUCAGAGUGGUACUCUUCUCACCCUACUCAUCGAUAAGUUCCUCAAUACUCACCACUUGGCCGUGGCAAGGCUUUGUGACAUGAUAUCGUGCCGGCGAGUCGAGAUGUUACUCGCCGAGAAGAUAGAGGACAGCAGUAGUCAGUUGCCGCUGGAAGACCUGGAAAAGUUGUUGCAGCACAUGAAGGCAUCUGGGCUUACUAAGAGACAUGCUAGGUUAGCAUCAUUGCUGAACAAGUUACGAAGCUUGAUGUGCCCCGAGAGCAAGCUGACACUCUCGCCAGAGAAGACACAUCCGCUGGCAUUGUCUCACGUGGAGACCAAGGAUAUCAUCAUGAAUAAGGAAUGGUUCCUGUCGAUAACACGUGACCAGUGUUACAGUCCUGUGCCCAAGCCGAGGGAAUGUGCCAUGUUACUCCAGAGACUCGAUUAUCCAGAUAUUCUGGGCAUUAUCAUGGCAAAGGAGUUCAACCUUGGUAUUCUAGAGGAGUGCGUCGCUCUUGGCGUCCACAAGACCCUCAUCACAGUGAACAAGGUGCGAGACAGCACGCCACAGACACUCAAUAACUUUUCCCAGGAACAAAGUUUGGACGCCCUGCUCCAAGCGGUUCAGCUCACUCUCAUCCGUCACAUAAACAAUGUCGUCAACAUGCUGCCGAUUCCGCACCAGGUGAUAGUUUACGGCGACGGUGCCAAUGCCGACCAGGAGCGAUAUCGUGACAAAAUGGAGGAUUUCUUCACAGAUUCGACGUGGAUGGAUAUGGUGAAUCAACUCUCCAUGGCGUUGCUACGGUAUCUUAUCUCACUGCCCAUGUUUCCAUGGCAAUCAACAUUACCAAGUGAAUCGGUGAAGGAUUUUUCCCGGUUUACAGUGCUGUGUUUGGAGAUGAUGACUUGGAUGUUGGUUCACGAACACAUGCCCCCAUCAGAUCAACUCCAGGCUGUCCUCGAACUCCUGGCGGUGACGCUGCAAAGCCCACAACUCUCGUCUGUGAUUGGCCAAAUAGAAAACAGCAGUUUGUUGUGCUCGUGUAUUGGUGCAGUGCAUCAACUAGUCAUUUCAAUGGUGGUGCUACCGGGGGAGAAGCUAGUCUAUCACAUCCACCAGGAUGCUCUGGACGAGGUGGAAGGCAGGGAUGACUUCCACCAUGCGAUACAAGCCUGUGAUCAAACCUCUGAACUUGUCCAAUGCCUCAAGACUCACUUCAGGCCACAUCAUGUCCAUAAUCCAAAGAUCUCACAAUUCCUUGCCUCACCUCUCAGAAAUGCUAUCAUAGGUCUUGCCCGGUUGUCCCUUGUAAAUAGUUAUGCCAGGACACCGCUGUUUGUGUGGAAGAUGGGGUGGCACCCAGCGACCGAUGGCGAGAUGAAGACAGGCCUACCUCCGCUGCCGCUAGAGUAUAUGCAAGAGAAAGAUGUACUUAGAGAGUUUAUAUUCAGGGCGAACACUUUAGGUUGGACUAGCCGGCAGCAGUUUGAGGAGACCUGGAUGAGUCUCCUGGGGGUAAUCAAUCCUGUACCACUCACAUUGGAACAACAUCCAACUGUUGAGGAGGACAUCGAGCGCACGCAAUGUGCUGUUCUAGCAGUGAGGUGUAUCACGUCGCUGCUAGUGCAGUCCUCCCUGACCCCACAUUCAGGGAACCCGUGUAACAGUCUGCAUGAGCUGCGACCUCGAGAUAAACCGUUGGCAUUCUUGAUGACGAGGUGUGGAAAGAAGUUGGCCAUAAUCCGUGGGAUGGUCGAGAGGGAGAUUUAUGCCAUUUGUAGAGAAAAGUCUGACAUCAUCACGCAUCACUCGUACACACAGAUGGGCAAGGAUUCUGAGAAGUUAAAGUAUCUCUUUGAUGACAAUAUAGAGAGGAAACUUGGUGCUGAGGGAUUCUCGCUUGGACAGAUCUCCGUCGAGUCGGUCUGGUUACUGGUAGGGAUGCUUGAUGUGAACAAACCAGAGGAGGAAACCAUAGAUGAUAGUGCUAGCAAACUGGCAACCCUGACAAAGCAAAGGUCAUCAAGUCUUAGUGGGCUCGACGUCCAUUCCUGUUUACAGUUUUUACUGGAGUUGUAUUCCCAGUGGCUUUCUCCGGGGGCGAAUCCAAAAACACCACUCAUGCAACUCAACGAGACAGUGAAAUCGGUUGUUGCGCUGAGUGACCUUUUCACCGAGAAACAACAGUUUGAAUGGAUGUUCGAUAACUUAUUAGAAGUUCAGCGGAUGCACCCAGGAGAGGAUGAGCUCUUGAAUCAGUACUUGAUAGUAGGGUUGUGUAAGGCGGCAGCAGUUGUUGGCAUGGAUCAGACCGCCCUGGAGAAGGUUGUUAAGACGGUGGAACUUGCCCUGCGCAGUACGCACUUGCCAUCAAAGAUUAGUGCCCUCUAUGGCAGUCUGUACUUACUAGAGGCGGGCCUGUCUGAAGGCACUAAGAUCCUCCUUCCCAUGGUGACUGAAUAUCUGUUGAAACAUCUCUCAGGAUCGGUUGUUCCCCUGAUAAAUAGUGAACAGCACAUGUUGGUCAUGUGGGCAACAGCAUUCUACAUCAUCGAGAAUUUCCGCGAAGAGAUCCGGGAGACCGAAUUUCAUCAGAAAAUUCUCCAGUAUGCGUUUACGACAGCCUCCGGCUCAGAGGAGUCAACGCCCUUGUCAAUCUAUAUGACAGUGUUACGAGGAUUAGAGCGCCUUCUGUUGGCCGAUUCACUAACAGCACAAGAUGCAGACACGCUCAUCAAGUUGAGCGUUGAUCGUAUCUGUUUGACCAGUCCUCAGCGAAUGUUAGCAGCCCUGGGACUUCUAUUGACAUACAUGUACUCAGGUAAAAAUAUUGACCAAUGGACCCCCACCACCUUGUUGACCGAGCCAGACUUCCAGAAUGCCAACACCCCCCGGGUUCACAUGACGCAAGAUCCAGAAUCACUCAUAGCAGCUAUGGAACGAGUCACUGUUCUUUUUGAAAGGAUCCGUAAAGGUUUUCCAGCUGAAGCGAGCGUGAUCACGCGCAUCUUGCCCACAUUCCUAACCGACUUCUUCCCACCUCAGGAUAUCAUGAACAAAGUGAUUGGUGAAUUUCUCUCCAAUCAGCAGCCACAUCCGCAGCUCAUGGCCAAGGUUGUGUUCCAGGUUUUCAACACUCUUCACCAACAGAAGCAGCACAAUCUCGUCCGAGAUUGGGUCAUGUUGUCCUUGUCAAAUUUCACGCAAAGAACACCGGUUUCCAUGGCGAUAUGGAGUCUGACCUGCUUCUUCAUAAGUGCUUCGACAAACCAGUGGCUGCGAGCACUCUUGCCACACAUCGUUGAGCGUAUGGGGAAAAUGGACCUCGUUGAUCGGAAACUCUUCUGUAUUGCUGCUCUGGAUUUUUACGGCCAACUCGGAGAGGAGUCCCAACGUCGGGCAUUCCAGACCACAUUCCAAGGAGUAGCACUCCCGGAUAGUCCGUACGCUGAUUUAUUACAAUGUCUUUGAAUAGUGUCUUCAACAUUGCUACUGAACAAUUCAUUUGUGACACCCUGUAUUAUCUGUUCCCAACUUGGUGCAGGAAUAUUUUGUGCUAGAGGUGGGCCAACUUUGGGCAGUGGGAAACUUCCCACAGUUGAGUGACAGCUUUCUGGUACUUGUAAUGAGUGUUGACCAUUACAAGUACCAGAAAUCUGCCAUAACUUGACAAAUCUUGAAUGGUAAGUGCUAAUGGGAUUAGUACUUGUAUUGUGUGGUAUUAGAUUAAAUCUACUUUGUUAUGUUAGCCACAACAUGAUUCUGUGUAUGAGACAGAGAGGAUUAUUUAUAGGAACCUGAAGUCAUGAAUUUGUAUGUGCUUGGAAGUGUGCUAUAUCCAUCUAUUCUUCGAGUUUGCUUUGUCUUCUCAUUUUGUGUUUCACUAGUUUCUAGUGAUUCUACCCUUGGUGUUUUACUCACUAAUGACGGCCCCUCAGAUGUUCUCAAAUGCAUUUGAGUGUCCACAAGAGACUUUGGAGAGGAUAGUAAUCUGUCUGGCUUGAAGUGGGUUCGGGUCUACUGUCAAGAAGGAAGAGAAUGUAGUGACUAAUUAUUAGAUUUAGAAAAUGUGUUUCCUAUUCCAGAAGUUUUGUACAUAAUUAAGUAUGAGUAUGUGACCUAUGAACAUUCCUAUAUAUAUAUAUCUGUUACUAGAGUUUAUCAAAUCUAAAACUCUGUGAUCUGUACAACACUUCUAGCUGAUAAUGCUUCAGCUCAGAAUUGCACUAAAAAGUGAUCACAUUGAUUUUCUGACACACCCUGUAUCAAAUGUUGUUACCUCUGCUAACCAAAGAUUAAUGUAAAUGUGAACUUGGUGUUGUGCUCUAUUAUACUCUUGAGUCUAUGAUGUAUAUAGUCAGCCACUGAAUUUGAUGUAUAAUCGUGUAAAUUAUGUACAUUCUGUAGUAUUGUUCCUCUUGAGGGGGAUUGGUACAAGUCUGUAAUUAUGAAGUUAAUUGGCUUUUUGUCAAAUUAGUCAAUUUGAGUAAAAAAAAUAAUGAUUUAUUGUCCUAGCUGGGUUGGCGCGCCAAGGAACGAUCGUUAAUCAGUCAAACUUUAUCAUAUUUGCGGGCGGCCGCGCUAUCACACGUGGUUGCUAUCGUCUGCAUUGUAGUUCUACCCGUUGCCGCUAGUGAUUUUGGUGGCGCUGCUGGUCGCCUUACGCAUACAUUAUCGGCUAGUUUCCCGCUCGCUUCGUUGCCAUGGAGUCUCCGGUCACGUGUUCCUCGAAUCGUUCGUUGAUUUGCUAGUCUCAGUACUGGCGGGCUGCCAUUCUCGCACAUGUUUCUGUGGGCUGGGUCGGCCCCAAGAUGGACAAACGAUCGGCAAUGGCUGGAGUUGACUCAAUAUAGCUAAAGGUGACAGCCACUUGGUUAAAAAGUGGCUAGGAGGAAAAAAUUCACAGAGACAACCCUGCCUAGUAUGAAUAUCUGUUGUCGGAGUCUACAUUUGUUACUUCUGUAGGUCUGUGACUUUCACUGUAGGUUUGGAGGAGGUGCACUUUUUGCCUCUUUGCUGAUCAGCGCCCCUGGUGGAGCUUUGAGGAAACAAAAUGGCCGACUAAUGGGGGGCAGCCCAUGCUUCGACAUCCCAUCAAACAGAGUGUGACCUCGGGGAAGCUCAUCGACUCCACUGCCAGAGGUGCUGGCACACAAGAUGGAUGUAUUCAGCUUGUAUCAUAUGAAAAUAUCUCAUUUUGCCCAAAUUACCGAGAGACAUGCUGAGAACCCCCAUUGUGUGCCUCUUCAUCUGUCCGUUCUAUGUUUGUUGUAACUUUAGGGAUCAUCUCAAAAAUUAGGUGAUCAAGGUGAUCGAGGAGACUUUUCCAGUAACUGACUUUGAGAUGGUCCCUUCUAUUAUUUUCCAUCAUCAAUAUUGCUGCAUGAUGGUAGAGUAAACCCCCUCAAUGUGGAAAGUCAGAUACACGCUGCAGUGAAUUUCUACAUAUUGGAUAACAAACUACGCCUUUUAUGGGUGAAUACUAUGAAGGCAUGCAUUUCAAUUGCUGCAAAGUGAAAGACCUGUGAUGUGACUGACUCUUCACCUACUCUAGAGAUGUUGUUAAUGACUGUACAGAACUGCAGCUGAUAUUAAUUAUCAUAAUUCAUUAUGUAUAGAUGGAAUAAACUUAAUU